CGUGACUUGAGUAUAAAUUUCAGUCUGAUGCCGUAUUUUUCUUUAUUUGUUGUUUAUGGAUUCAGCAGUGAUAAUAAAUUACAGCUCGACUAUUCAUUGAAAGGUCCCCCAUUCACCUCAUGUUAUGAUUCCAUAUUGGACAUCUUUGGUACAGAGCUGUGGAGUCAUAAAAGUCAGAUCUAAUAUAAGAGUCACCAUCACCAAACGACAAACAUUUAAAUUCUCUUCGAUGAAACGAAAACACAACGAAGAACAGAUUUCUUUCGCAAAAAGAUUACGAGGAACGACUAUGGCUACCGCUACUGUUACGUUGACUCCUCGAGAAAGUCAACUUCGGAAUCUUUUGCUUGAUGUAGCGAAUUUUGUCAAUGGGUCCAAAGAUAUUGAGAAGAAAGUCGAGUUGAGAUGGGCAGGAGGAUGGGUUCGGGACAAGCUACUUGGGAUCCAAAGUCAUGAUAUUGACAUAGCAAUCAAUGUCAUGACUGGGCAGAACUUCGGUCUGAAGAUGCGGGAAUAUUUGGAAGAUGCAGAAAACCUCAAGAAACAUGGACUGGAAGCUAAAGAUGUCAAAAAACUAUACAAAAUUGCUGCGAAUCCAGAGAAGUCCAAACAGUUGGAAACUGCAACUACCAACAUCUUCCAGUUCGAUGUGGAUUUUGUGAACUUACGCAAGGAAACUUACGCCGAAGAUAGUCGCAAUCCUGAGAUGGAAUUCGGCAGUGCAGAAGAGGACGCACUCAGACGGGAUGCUACGAUCAAUGCUCUAUUCUAUAAUCUUCACACAGAUAUUCUUGAAGAUUUCACUGGAGGACUUGCGGAUAUGAAGGCCAAACUCAUCAAAACACCACUUGAACCAUACACUACUUUCAAGGAUGAUCCGUUGCGAGUUUUGAGGUUAAUCAGAUUUGCUAGUCGACUAGAUUUCAAAAUUGAUCCGGAGGCGGAAAAUUGUAUGAGUAAUCCAACUAUCAUGGAAGCUCUAAAACUUAAGAUCAGUCGAGAAAGAGUUGGGGUUGAAGUGGAGAAAAUGUUAAAAGGAAAUAACCCAUGGCAAUCUUUGAACUAUUUCGAUCGACUUGGUAUCUAUUCAACAAUGUUCACGGAUCCUACAGCACAUGAGGUUCUAACACCAGAUACAUCGAGCUGGAAAAUCGUGUACGAUUGCUUAAAGGAAAUGACAUUGAACGAAACACCAGACUCGAUUUACAAAUCGCUAGUGCGAUCAGAUGACGCCAAAUACCUUGCCUGGAUUCUCGCCGCUUUGACACCAUGGACGGCCAUCCCACCAGCACAAGCAGCAAAACCAGGAGGGAAGAUACCUCCGCCAUAUGGAGCUUUGGUUGCUCGAGAAGGACUAAAAGCGGAAAGCAAGUUGUGCAAUAUGGUUGCUGGUGCAUUCAAGCAAUACGCCGAGAUCACUGAGCUUAAGGAUGCAAUCAAGAAAAAUGACCCAUAUAUUCACGAACGAGAUACAGUUGGAAUGAUGAUUAGGAAGUGGGAAUCACAUGGUGGGCAAUGGAAAUUACAAGCCCUAUUUGCAUUGCUCGUGGAGGCUUUGAAGCUAGAAAGUGCUGAAGGAUACCAAUCACUAUUUUCUGAAUGGCAAAAGUUCAUUGACCACCUCAAAGACCUUGAUGUAAUGGAGGCACCGGCAAUCCGAGGGAUAGUAGAUGGAAAGAUUCUUUCAAAGUCACUGGGUGUCAAGCCUGGCAUAUGGAUGGCGCCGGCAUUGAAUGUAUGCAUGGAGUGGCAGUUGAGAAAUCCUGAUUCGACAGAUACGGAAGCUGCAAUUGAGGAAGUUAGGAAGCGAAAAGAGGAGUUAAAUAUACCCCAGAAAUAGUGAUCAAAGGAAGUUGAACAGCGAUGUAAUACAGAUUACAUAGUUAAAAUACUAUUAAUAUUCGCAGCUG